AUGCCCAACCUCAAUGCUUUCUCUUUCUCGGGCAUCAAUGACCAUAAUACUUCCCAAGUAACAACCCACCGACGACUACUUCAAUUUUCACUCUAUUGGCAACAAUCCUUCCCUUUACGUUCUUUGUGCGUCAUAGAGUUUCAGGAGCACCAUGGCCAAUCUAACGAGGAUGCUGGGCAAUAUUUCAGCCCCGAAAAGUUGAAAAGACGAAACACAGGAGGCCAAGGGGAUGACCCAAAAUCCCCAACAAGUGAACAUAUGACCUUCAGCCCCAAGCUAACGGCGGAGGGACUCGAAACGACACAAAAGCCACAGAGAGCAGCCAAAGAGGGCGGAACGUUCGCCGACACCUCGAUCGAAGAUCCAGAGGGGUCAGAUAAAGUCAGUCCGCAGUUAAAUGAGGUUGAAGGUUCAAAUCAUCAAGAAAGGCGACAGCAUGCGCAAAAAUUCACCAACUUCUGUCUGAACACCCAGAAAGAUAUCGAUUCUGGCACACAGUCGUUCGAAUUCUCUAGAAAAACGGGAAAUGUGAUCAAAUCUUUACUCUGCAAUAUUGAGGAAGCAGCCCUACCAUGGGCGGGAGCAUGUCUUUGUGUAGAGUUGAUUUCGUGUUCUUCUGCCCGACCAGAAGUAGUGUCCGGCGUUGAUCACGUCGUAUCCAGCAUGCCCGGGUACACUCUUCUCCCUAAGCUUCUUGAUGGCAUUAACAGUGAUCAAAUCAAGAAAGGCUAUUACUUGAGCGAUAAAGGAAGCUUGCAAAACCGCAUAAUUAAUCUCUACCUAGAAGUUCUUCUAUAUCAAGCUCGCAUCAUUUACUCCGAACAAAUGGGCGAUCGAGUGGAUAGCUUUGCCCUGGUCAAUCAAGGCCUGCUUUCCGAAGUUGUAACCUUGAACGCUUCCGACGUAAUGACCGCAGAACGUCGGAUUACAUGCUCUCACGCUAGCGAUGACAAAAUUGAUAUCUGGCACCUUGCCAUGCCCUCUGAUGGCAAGAAAGCUGAUGCGACCAGCCAAGGGAAGCAGGAGCCUAAGGAGAGCGAUGUGGGCAUCACGUUGGACAUCUUGAGCGCAACCGAUGAGCGAAACAGCAAUCGAGAAUUGGAUACCCGAACCAUCAAAAGUCUUUAUAAAUGGGUGAGCUCGACCUCCCAAUACACCAGCUUCUCCGAAGGAGACGCACGUAUGCUAUGGAUCAGUGGUGCACCAGAUGCUUGUAGACCGAUGGUUAUUUGGUCAAUUGUUCAUGAGUAUCGGCUACAGAGAAGGUCGAGUUCAGAACCCAAGUUUUUAUCACUUUCAGUUUGCGGUAUUGGCGAAAAUGAAGUGGACAGCGUCUUGUCUGUCCUUAGGAGUCUCAUCUACCUCGUGCUGGUAGACCAACCCUUGCUGAACAGACACCUGACUGAUGCUCUCAAAUCAACAGGCAGGCGGGACUUUUCGGACUUCCAUGAUGUUUGCGCUCUAACAUUACUCCUGCAUGCCAUGGUCGGCGACGAAAUGUUUGAGUCAACUAUUUUCCUCAUUGAGUUCGGCGUCGAGGGCCCAGGGUCUUUUAUAUCAUUCAUUAUGACAACGCUGAGAUUGUCGGACAAGUUCAAAUGGUUGAUAUCCGGCUCAAAUGAGUGGUUCAAGGACAGUUUUGAGUCAAGCGACCUUCCCAUGGAGAAAAUACAAUGCAUAGAUCUUGGUGCCGAAAAUGACAGAGUGCAAAACAUCUUGAAUCCGCUUUACAUUCCCCCCAAAGUCUACCAAAUAGCGAGUCGGUGGAAUCUGGGGAGCGGAUUCCGAAUCGAAAUCACAAACCUCCUACGCGAGGCGUCGUCGGGAAGUUUCCUACGAGUGGACAUAGGGUGUCAGGGGAUACAACGGGAAGAUCCCUGGCAUGCUUCGGAUAGUCUUAAACAGCUGUCACAUCACACAUCAGCAUAUACAGACCCAACCAAUAACCUAUACUCUCUCUUGUACAACAAACUUGUGAAUCUACCUUUCAAUGACUUUCAGCUCUGCCUCGACGUGCUGCGUACAAUGGCAGCCGCUUUUAGUCCUCUUGAUGUUACAGAGUUGGAAGCACUUUUGAACAUGCCAUCACAUUUCAAAAUCCAAAUCCUUGCUGAGAAAUGUUUCGGAUCCCUCGAAUUCCGUGAUAUAGCGACCAUCAAUGAUUUCUCUAAAACACAUGCGCAAAUUACGGAACGUUGUCUCAAGUCCGUGUCGGAAUAUUGGGAUUCAUCUUCAAAAAGCUCAUGCGAGAGCCAAACUGAGGAUGCGCCCGUCCCCAAAACCUAUCCGGCACUGUAUUGGAUGCGGCAUCUCUGUAGAAUAGAUGAUGCCGAAUGUGUGAUGGACACGGUGAUCAACUUUCUUACUGAGAAUAUCUUAAAAUGGCUGGAUCUCUUGGUAUCUAAAAAGUGGCUAUCUCAAGCUCAGACUCUGAUAUCAGAGCUAAAAAGCCAUGUUCAGUUCAACCUGAAGCCAAAAUUGGAUGAUAGGGUCCAUCGGAACCAGAAAUUUUUGAGCAUCGUCUUUGAGACGCAUCGGUUGAUUAAUUUUCAACAGAUGAUUCAGAAUGAAACUGAUUCUAACGCCAGCAAUACUCUUCUGUUUUGGCCUCGCAAUAGCAUUAUCCAAAAAACACACCUUGAGCAAGAAUGGCCAAGCCUAGAAGGCCCGGUAACCUUCAAAAAGUCUUGGGAGCUUCCCAUCGAUAUCCUUGAGGGACACACAGACUUUGUUGAUUGCUGCGCCUACUCUUACGAUGGCAAGCUCUUAGCCUCGGGCUCUAAUGAUGGCACUGUCCGUCACUGGGACACCGUUUCGGGGAAUGUGCAACAUACAUUUCGAGCUUUUGGCAAUGGGAAAUAUACUGUAAAUGACGUGGAUACCAUUGCCUUCUCUUCCACAGGAUUUAUAGCGGCAUCAGAUUGUAAUAUUAUAGAGGUUUGGAAUAUUUCUACUGGGAUCCAGCAGAGGUUACUGGAUAUUGGGUACUUGCCCAAAUACGAGCCAGAUACAGUCAGGGACGUGAGCUUUUCAACCGAUGGAAGCAUGCUAGUGGCAUCGGUGCAAAAUACCAUCAUUAUAUGGAGGGUUCCAUGUUUUGAGGUCAUCUUACAUCAAGAUGUCCGUGUUCACGGAGUAAAUAUUGAGUCGGUCCGAGUGUCGAAAGAUGGUAGUCUACUGGGCCUGACGUCAUCGAGGCAUGUUUCUAUUUGGAAACUGGACAAUGGCAUAUAUUGCCAUGCCGUGAAUGGAUGCGUUGAUGACUCAGAGUCCGGUGUACAAGCAAGACGAAUGUUGAGGUUGCAAAAGGAGCUACCUGUGCCUGCAUGUACGAUGGAAUCCGCGGCCAGAUUUGCCUUCUCUCCAGAUUCAAAAUAUAUCGCUACCGGAACAGACCGCGACUACAAAGUAUGCGUCUGGGACUGGAAAUCGGAGGCUCCUCCCAAGGUUCUAAGUGGACACACGGAUCGCGUAACAACAGUUUCUUUCUCACCUGAUGGCUCCUUUCUAGCAUCUGGAUCAUGGGACAGAACAACCAGAAUAUGGCGAGAACCAUGGGACGUUGAACACAUUAAUGGCUUGUCAUUCUCUCCUUCUGAGACAUGCGUUGCCACCUGCUCGAGGAACGAAACCACUUGCAUCUGGCACUACGACAGUCAAGAUGAAGCCCAAGUGCAGUCAGAAGUUGGUGUAAGACGAGACCAAAAUGCACCGUAUACGUGGCCCAUCACAAGUAUCACAAUAUCCGAGGAUGGGAAAUGGGUUGCAUCGGCCUCUAUGGAUGGCUUGAUUUGCUUGUGGGAUGGAAACUCAGGCCUGCUCCAACGAAGAAUAUGUGAGCACAGAAAAGAGGUCCAAUCACUCGCAUUCGCCCAUGAUUCUCGCAAAUUGAUAUCAGCUUCCGACGACCAGACUGUCCGUAUCUGGGGGGUGGAUCGCAACUCUAAGUCGCGUGUUCUCUAUGGACACAAAAAUCGGGUACGGUGCGCGGCAUUAUCGCGAAAUGGCAGACUUGUAGCUUCAGGAUCUGACGAUAGGAUCGUACGUGUGUGGAAUAUCACACAAUCCAAGGUCGCAGGCGCUAAAUCGGGCCAGGAGGAAGAGGGGAAAGAAAGAAAUAUGCAAGGGGCACGAGUACUUCGUGGCCAUGAAGCCUUCAUCAUGGGCGUUUUGUUUUCACCAGAUGGAAAGUAUGUCGUAUCAGGUUCUUACAUGACGUUCUCGGCAGAUUCAACAAUGUUCGUCGCAUCUGAUGCGGUAGGGACAUCGAUAUGGAACGUGACUUGGGGAGCUGGGAACACGAGCUGCCAGCUCAAGCUUACAGCCAAAAAGGAUCCUGGCCUGCUCAAUGCACGUCAACGCUGA